UUUAAUAUGUUUGAUCACCCCAUUCCUCGAGUUUUCCAGAACCGCUUCUCAACCCAAUACCGCUGCUUCUCGGUAUCCAUGCUUGCUGGACCUAAUGACAGGUCAGAUGUGGAGAAAGGCGGGAAGAUAAUUAUGCCACCAUCAGCUUUGGAUCAACUCAGCCGACUUAAUAUUACUUACCCGAUGCUGUUUAAGCUGACCAAUAAAAAUUCAGACCGAAUGACGCACUGUGGAGUGCUUGAAUUUGUGGCUGAUGAGGGCAUAUGUUACCUUCCACACUGGAUGAUGCAGAACUUGCUGCUGGAAGAAGGAGGCCUGGUGCAAGUGGAGAGCGUUAAUCUUCAAGUUGCUACUUACUCAAAAUUUCAGCCACAGAGUCCAGAUUUUCUUGACAUCACCAAUCCCAAAGCUGUAUUAGAAAAUGCACUGAGAAACUUCGCUUGUCUAACUACUGGGGAUGUUAUUGCCAUCAACUACAAUGAAAAGAUCUACGAGCUUCGGGUAAUGGAGACCAAACCGGAUAAGGCCGUGUCCAUCAUAGAAUGCGAUAUGAAUGUGGAUUUUGAUGCUCCUUUGGGGUACAAAGAACCAGAAAGAAGUGCACAACAUGAAGAGACCACAGAUGUUGAAGCAGACCAUAGUGGAUAUGUGAGUGACAUAGGAUUUCGUGCAUUCUCUGGUUCUGGGAACAGAUUGGAUGGCAAGAAGAAAGGUGUUGAGCCUAGUCCAUCGCCAAUUAAACCAGGAGACAUCCGAAGAGGAAUACCCAACUAUGACUUCAAGAUUGGUAGAAUCACAUUCAUUAGAAAUUCACGUCCACUGGUUAAGAAAGUCGAAGAGGAUGAAUCUGGAAGCCGGUUUAUUGCAUUUUCAGGAGAAGGCCAGUCCCUGCGCAAAAAAGGAAGAAAACCCUAAAUUGUGGUACCUUUAGUCAGUUAGGAGGAAAAUAAAAUAACAAUUGCAGCA